UGCGCGGCCCGGCACCGGGCGAGACACCCCCCCACACACACGGUUAGCUCCGGAGCGCUCACCCUGCUCCCAGAUGGAAGGGGCCAGCUGGGGUUCAGCGGCCCCGGGCUCGCCGGGGGGGCUGCGGGUGGCAGAGCUCAACGAGGGCCAGGGAACCAACCGAGAGCUCCGCGAAGAACUGCGGAAAGCAAGGGAUGACUGCAACGUGGCCACAGGUGUCAUCUCUUCCUUGCAAAGACAACUGGAGAUCCAGGAAUCCCAGCUUCGGAGAGCCACAUCAGAAAAGGAAAUGCUCCAAAAGAAGCUCAGAGAGCUAGAAAACCAGCUACAAGCCAUGACUAGCAAGUUUUGCAGUCUGAAAGAACUGAAACAUGAAGAAAUGUUGGUGACAAUAGAGGAGGAGAACUGCAGUCUUCGACAGGUUGUUGCAGAACAAGAAUCCAAACUGGCUGAGCAGAAUGAGCUGAUCAGUGAGUUAGAAGGGAGAGUCAGCCAGCUACAGGCAGAGGUUCUGAGCAACCGAUACCACAUCGACCAGCAGCACCGGGCCCAAGAGGCGAUCCAGAGCCAAGCCGAGACACUGCAGCACCAGGAGCUGCAAACUAGGGUGGCACUCGAACGCAUCACCAGCAGGUUUGAAAGAUACCGAAGCAAAGUAAUUCAGGCUACGUUCAGUACGGCAGGCAGCAAGCCUCCCCAGGCAGAGCUCACGGAUGAGGAGGUGCUGGAGGCAAUGCAGAAGAUUAUUAGUGAACGGAUCGAGUUCCAUCAGAUGCUGAAACAGAAAGGCAUCAAGGUCCCAUCGCUCUACAGCACUGACGCAUCUACUUUAUCACCUGCCAGUGCUAAGGACAAAGGAAAGAGUCCUGCAAGGUAGCAUCUCUUGAGCCUAAAAAGCAGUCCUAACAGCCCAGGCAGGAUACGUCACCAGCUUCAGGCUCCUGUUCCUUGGUUUUGAGACAGUGACUCACUAAAAAAUUAAACUCAUUUGACUGAAAUCAAGUUCUGCAGAAAUAUCUAAUUCAAUUGUUUCAACCGACUCAGAGUACAAUUCACUGUAAAUCACUGGUCUGUAGAAACAUUUGACUUCACAGGGAACCCUGAAGCCCUACUAAGGUCUGCUUGGCUACAAGUAGCUAGAAAGCAUUAAGUUACCAUUUUUGCAGUAUACAGGAGGUACUUUGGCAAGUUUGUAUAGUUACAUGACUGAAAAAUUCACCAGUGCCAAAACAAGUGACAGUGACAUAUGAUUGCAAGAACUGUUUUAUUCUUCCAUUCAAUAUGCAAGUCCCAACACAUGGAUGUAUUUGACACUGUAUCUGGAAGUUCAGUGAGAGCUCUGUAUCAUUUUUAACAGAAAAAAGUCAAUCUGUUGGUCACCCUAGCUUAUGGAGAGGUUUGCAAUCAUACAGGUAGUAUCCCAGAUGUAAAAGUCACCCACAGACUGCAAACAUUAGAAUCACUCAAACUGCUUGUAUUUUGGAAGGUGUCCCCAACACUUGUCACGUGGGAGUGUGACAGAAAGCUCCAGGAGGGUCACUCUGGGCAAGAGCCCUUGUACUUGGGGGAGACAGGGAGCUUUAGAAGCCUCGAUGUCAGGCAGCAUUAGCCCUCUGAACGGAACUGAACUUCAGAAGCAGGAAUAAAUUCAGUGCUCAAUCAACAGUAACUCAAUGGGUACACAACAAGGUCACGACACCUGGUAUUUCCACAAGAAUGAAUGACGGCUCUAAAAUGCACCGGAACACACAAAGCUCUGCAGUCAAUUCAACUGACUUCACUUAAAAAUGGAAGCUGUGUUAAUGCCUAAACACAGAAACCAUCACUUUAAAACUCAUUCCUGAAGUUCUGACAGCAAUUAAAUUGUCACAAUUACUCCAGCUAUGAAAAUAAAAUUAUGCAGAAUGAGAUGUUAGCAAA